AUACACUUAAUAUUAUUUUUGUCUCCAGAAAAAGGAAAAUUCGUUUCUGGAAAAAGUUGAGAAGCCAAACGAUGCCGUAACGGAAGUCCAAAGGUAAUUAAAAUAGAAAUCAGAGUCCAAGAUCGUCGUCCAGACAAAACACGGAAAUCAAAAACCGGGUUGACUUCAAAUCUUGAACUUUGGUUUCACUGAUCUUCUCUUCCUUUAAGCUUCGAUGUCACUCUUAAACCAGCUUUUCAACAGGGGCGUUUUUGGUGCAAAAUGCAAAACAUGCUUAACAUUGGCGAUUUCGCGUAUAAAAUUGCUUCAAAACAAGAGAGAGUUGCAGCUCAAACAGAUGCGCAAAGAGAUAGCUCAAUUUUUGCAGGCUGGCCAAGAAGCAAUCGCUCGAAUUCGGGUGGAGCAUGUAAUACGAGAGCAGAAUAUAUGUACCGCAUAUUCAGUGUUGGAGCUGUUCUGUGAGUUUGUUCUUGCGCGCGUUCCCAUUCUUGAAAAUCAGAAGGAUUGUCCGACAGAAUUGCGAGAAGCUAUUGCAAGCAUUAUUUUUGCUGCUCCUCGAUGUUCAGAUUUGCCAGAUUUGUUGCAGAUCAAGAACUUAUUUACUUCAAAAUAUGGGAAGGAGUAUGUUGCAGCUAUUGCUGAGCUUCGUCCAGAUACUAGUGUCAACCGUACAAUAAUUGAGAAACUUUCAGUUAGUGCUCCAUCACCUGAGGCAAGGCUCAGUGUGUUGAAGGAAAUUGCAGAGGAGUACAAUGUGGUUUGGGAUUCCUUUCAAACUGAAGCAGCACUCAAUAAAAAGCAUGAAGAUUUACUGGGUGGAUCCAAGGAAAUAUACAGUGUAGCUUCAACUCCUCAAGCUUCUAUUAAGCCGAGCUCUCCAAGAUCUUCAACUUCUAAUGGGGCACAUCCUAUUCUGCCUUCGGAGAGUAGACUGGGAUCUCAACACCUUCAAAUUCCCAGCCCAACAAGCAUUAUGCCUAUUUUGAGUACUAAUGAAAUUGAACAAUCAGCUAAAAGUAGUAAUGCCGUUCUAGUUAGUGAUACUAAAAUGGGGACAACAUCACAAUCAUCUGAUGUAUUGGAAAGAGCUCGAGCUGCUAUUGCCUCUGCAGAACGUGCAUCUGCAGCUGCCCGUGCAGCUGCUCAGCUUGUGAAUGCUGAAUUUGGUUUGUUGAAACUAGAAGGGAAGUCAUCAUAGCACCAACAUGAUUGACCUGUUACAAUCUCAUAUCUUCAUGAUCUAACCUCACUAGCCUCCUCUUUUCCAGGGAUAGCUGGGAAAGAUUAAGUGCUGGAAGAAAGGAAAUAUGUAUGACUCAAGCUAAAACUGUUACUUUGGUAUUUGAAACAGUUGGAAGAGAACUGCAUUUGUUACUAAGAUAUCUUAUCUCCUAGUAUUGUUAUUUCUUUGUCCAUGAAGAUUGAGAAAAUUUCUUUUGCAGUUUGUUUCUGAAAGUUGUGAUUAACUGAAUAAAAUGUGUACUUUUUCUUAUCUGUCA